UCUGUCCUAUACAUCCUAGUACAAACCAUGGCCAUCAGGCACACCAUGCAGCUCCUACCGGCCUUCAUCUUCGCCCUAGCCCUAGUCCUUAUGGCGUCAGCUGCGGCAACGGAGACGAUCCACCUCAAGUUCUACAUGCAUGACAUCGUCACCGGCGGGCCAUCGAGUCCAGCAACAGCGGUGCAAGUCAUCAAAGGUGUGGUGCCGCUGGCCAACGACCCCACCACCUACUUCGGCGACAUGUACGUCAUCGACGACCUGGUGACGGAGGGCCCAGACGCGGCGUCCCCCGCCGUCGGCAGGGCACAGGGGUUCUUCCAGUUCGCGUCGAUGACAGAGUACGCGCUGCUGCUCACUGCCAAUUUCGUGUUCACGGCAGGGAGUCAAAACGGCAGCUCCGUGGCCGUACUCUCCAGGGACGUCAUCUUCGACAGUGUCAGGGAGUUGCCGAUCGUAGGCGGCACUGGCGGCCUCCGUGGUGCGACUGGGUACGGUCUGCUCCGGACACACUCGGUCAACACCACCACCAGGAACGCGGUGCUCACGAUUGAUAUGUACCUCCGCGUGUAGGUGCAUGCAGACCCUAGGUCUGAACUUACUUUCAUGCAUCUGGUGGGUGCUUGCAUAAAAGAAGCAUCUACGAUUAAUUUGUGUCAUUGUGUGUGUGUGUGUGUGUCAUGGUCCGGAAUGUCUUCAGCAUGUCAGUGCGUCCGAUUUAUUUGUGUAGCUUCCAGGUGUAAGUGUUAUAAUGUGAGUUCAUGAU